AACAUUGUCAUCCUGAUCUGGUAACCGACGCCGUCGCCAUUUUGCAAAGUCAUUUGUAGUUUAUCGUUGUGUUGUCUUCUUCGUCGUCAGUUCGCCCAUUUCCUGCCCAUCAAGUGUCCCAGCGUCGCAUCGUCCAGAAAGCUUCCACCGGAUCACAAUGGGUGACAGAGACUCUUCCGUCGAGAAAGACAGAUCACGAGAACGUUCCCGCCGGGAGCGCCCCAGCCGCUUCUCGGAGGCCAGCCGGGAGCGCAGCCUGGACCGGGGCCGCGAAAGGGGCGGCAUGAAGUCCUCGAACUGCAGAGUGUACGUAUCCAAUAUUCCUUACGAGUAUCGGUGGCAAGAUCUCAAAGAUCUCUUUCGGAGUCAAGUUGGGGACGUUCAGUUUGUCGAGUUGUUCGUUGACGAGAACGACAAGUCUCGAGGUUGCGGCAUCGUCGAGUUUUCAGAGCCCCAGUCGGUCAAAAAGUGUCUGGAAGUCAUGCAGCGGUUCGAGGUUAAGACGCGUAAGCUGAUCAUCAAGGAAGACAGCGGCAACAUCCGUGAUAAGCACGGCAACAUCAUCGGUGGAUCGGGGAACAAAAGGGGCCGAGAUGAGAAUCGAUACCGGGACGAACGGUACGAUUCUCAGCAGAAUUUGUCGAAUCGAUCAGGUGGUGAUGGGGCUGACACUAAGUGGGGCAAUACGUAUGGGCUCAGUCCGCAGUUUUUAGAGUCGCUUCGCAUUGACACGCCUCUCUGUAAUCGAGUUUUUGUGGCCAACUUGGAAUAUAACGUAGACAAGAAAAAACUCAAGGAAGUUUUCCGUUUGGCUGGCCGCAUAAUCCGUGUGGACCUGCACACGGACAAAGACGGUCGCAGCCGAGGUUUCGCAAUCGUCGAAUACGACCACCCCGUCGAAGCAGUACAGGCCAUUUCUAUGUUCCACAAUCAGGUCUUAAACGACCGUCCCAUGAGCGUUCGCAUCGAUCGCGCUAACGAGACCCUCAAGCUCCCGGAAGGCCUGAAAGGGAUCGGCAUGGGCCUGGGCACCAACGGCGAGCCCUUGCGCGACGUCGCCCGCAACCUGCCCUCCAUCGUCAACAACAGCCAGCCCUCCAACCCCGGCGCCGGCAUCCUGGGCGCCGUGCCCAACCAGGCCUUGCAGAUGGCCAACGCGCUCAGCGGCCUGAACAGCGUCGUCAGCGGGUCGCCCUUCGGCAACCUGAGCACCAGCUCGUCGGUCCUCCAGGCCGCCAACCUCGCCGGCAUGGGCGGGCUCGCCAGCAACCUGCUCAACAACGCGGAUCUCUCGUUGGCCAGCAACCUCGUCUCGAACCCGUUGGUCCAGAACAGCUCGCAGCUGGCCGCGCUGGGCGGCUCGGGCGGCGGUUCAGGCAGCAUGGGGCAAGGGCUCACCAGCAACAACUCCAACUCGCAGUCGUUUUCGCGGGAGAACAACUCGUUCAGCAGCCAGAACAGCAACUUCAACCAGAACCCGAGCUACAGCAGCGGCAGGGGAUUCCAGAACUACGACUCGAAGGGGUCCUCAGGGGGAGGUUUCUCGUUCGGGGGCAACAAUAGGGACGGGUACGGGUCGAUGGGCGGCAACAUGGGGAAUAUGGGAGGCGCCGGGUCGUUGUUGCGGAAUCAGGGGUCUUCGGGCAAUAUGAAAGACGGCGGAUUUUCCAGGAAGGUUUUAGUUACGAAUCUACCGGCUUCUGCGAGUUACAAAAUGUUGAGCGAAAAAUUCAACGAGUACGGGGACGUCCAACAUCUGGAGGAGAAGGGAGCUGGCAGCAUGCUUAUCCUGUACGCGGCCGAUUGGCAAGCCGAGAGGGCUAUUAAAAACUUGGAUCGUGCUCGCAUCGAUGGAAGGACGAUUGACGCACGUCUGUUUUAUUAGGAGUUCGAUCACCUCGUGGCAAUUUAUGUUUUAGGUUAGGAUGGACGUUUCAGUUGCGUCAUGAAGGUUUUCGUUUGACGAUUCUGUAUUCACAAAAUCUGUGUUAGAUUUAGACAUUUCAUUUCUAUUUUUUAAAUAAAGUGAUAAAGUGGCCCUGAA